UCACUUCAUCUAUGACUCUGUUUCUUUAAAUAUUCAUGGGACACUCAGACUGGAAGUGGAAGAUCGUUAGUUUGAAAGUAGUUUCAUUUUCUCAGUGUAGCUUCCUUGGACUUAUUUGGAAGAACAAUGAACAAAACAGAGGCUGAUCCGACAGAAAUAAUGGACAAAGAAACCCCUGCUGCUGAGUGUGAGGUGCUGGAAGAGGACCAAGAGCACUAUGGAGAAGGAGACGUGACAGAUGCAAAACCUGAUCGCAAAGGGAGAUUUGUCCUCUUUGGCAGUAAGAAGAAGGAUGGGAAGUUGCAGGAAAAAGAGCAAUCUUCUGAAAGCCAUUACAGGAUUGUUUCACCAACAUUCCAGUAUAAGAUGAGCCACCGGCGUGUUGGCAAGUGCAUCAUCAUCAACAACAAGAACUUUGAUGAAAAGACAGGGAUGAAUGUACGCAAUGGCACAGAUAAGGAUGCUGGAGAGCUGUUCAAAUGCUUUAAAAGCUUGGGCUUUGACGUUUUCGUCUACAAUGACCAGACCUGUAAGAAUAUGGAGCGGCUACUUAAAGAAGUCUCAGAAGAGGACCACAGCGACAGCUCAUGCUUCGCCUGCAUCUUGCUGAGCCACGGUGAGGAGGGCAUGAUUUACGGCACUGACGGAGCCAUACCCAUCAAGAGCAUGACCUCGCUCUUCAAAGGAGACAUGUGCAAGAGCCUUGUGGGCAAGCCAAAGCUCUUUUUCAUCCAGGCUUGUCGGGGUUCAGAGUUUGAUGAUGGCAUACAGACCGACUCAGGACCGCCCAAUGACACGAUAGAGACAGAUGCCAAUCCAAGACACAAGAUUCCGGUAGAGGCAGACUUUCUGUUCGCAUAUUCAACUGUGCCAGGUUACUACUCCUGGAGGAAUCCGGGCCGAGGGUCUUGGUUUGUCCAGGCCCUCUGUAACGUUCUUAGUGAGUUUGGCAAGCAACUUGAGAUCAUGCAGAUCCUCACACGGGUCAACUAUAAGGUGGCCACCAGCUUCGAGUCCUGGUCAGAGGACCCUCGUUUUAGCGAGAAGAAACAGAUACCUUGUGUGGUGUCCAUGUUGACUAAAGAACUCUACUUCAACUGAUCCUCACAUGCUGUGGACCCCAUCUGCCAUUUCUCAGCACACUUGCCAAGGACUAUAUAGUAGAACACUUUUAAUUUGUUAUCUUUUAACAGUAAAUAUUAACCAAAUUGUUAUCCUUUUUUGUCAUUGAUCCGCCAUAAGGAGGGAAACCUCAGUCUAAUUUUUACGAUGCACAUUUCAGGAUGGCAGGCAGGAAAGACACAUCAGGUGCACAAAGACUGACCAAGCGACUGACUUCACUCGACCAAGUGGUCACAACAUUCAGGGAUGAUCCCAGCUGGAAGUUUGUGUGUGAAAGCAAUUUUUUACGUUAUGCUGGUCAUACGGACACCGAAAAGGUCUUCCUCUGUGCUACUUCCUGUUUGAGUUCACUACCUUCUCAAUGCAUGUUCUAUUUCAACUUCCUCAGAGUAUUCCAGAGAAUAGUGAUGUCACAUAUGAUCUUUGUCAACUGGCAUUGUCAAAUAUCCAUGUUGCUUUGGCAACUUUGAAAGUUUGCUGCCACUUUUACCCUACUACAUAUUAAUGAAAAAAUAUUUGAAAAAAGACAUGCAAUACCAUACAAAAACUUUGCAGUUGUUCUGUUUUUAUUUUGACAAUUAGAAAAAACAACUCAAGCAUUAGCUCUAAGCAUAAAUGGCCAUUUGUAGCAUUUCAGUUUGGUUUGGUUUGGUUAUUCUAGAAUGCUCUUCAAAGGGGGUCAAAGAAAGGGCAUGAAUGGAAAUGGAGUGGCAAAUAGUGAAGUAAUGCUGACACCUGGCUGGUUUAAAAGCUAUUCAUUUAUCCCCUCGCUGGUUAGUUUGCGUUCACUGAACACCCAAAAUCAGAUCUGCGUGUGUGUCCCGUGUAUUUUGAGCACACUGUAGCUUUAAAGUCUUCACACAGUAUUUACUAAUGUUUUGUACCGAAUCCGUCUAUAAUCUACAGAGGCAGCUAUUGAAUUACUGGUGACCAUUUUUACCAUUUAUCAUCCAUCUGACCUAACUUGCUGUUUGAAACUUGAUGGAAGGUUCUGAUGUGCUUUGUCCUACAGUUUUUCCUUUCUGUAUUUUCAUUCUCAGUUAUUGCAUGUUCCUCCAGAUCACACACUCAAUCUGCCAGCCUGUGCAACCGACCGACUGCCACAAAUGAAAGGCCCUCUUUUUUAUGCAUGGAUUAUUAGUGAAGUGCUCAACUAUAUUAAAGGAAGUGUUGAAAUGGAAAACAAUUUUUAUCUUUAAUUUUAUACUACAUUGUUUUAUAAGUUUAAAUGCUUUAUUGGGAUAAUAGGAAUGUUUAUAGAAAAUAAUUAAAAUAUAAAUGAUAUUAUUGGCACAAGUGCCCUGAAAAAUUUGUUUACAUUGUGUCAACAUUACACUGUAUAAAGUGGGGCUGAUUUUUGUUUAAAUUACUUUACUUCAAACGAAUGCAUUUGUAAGACUUAUUUUAUUGUAUUAAAAGACUUUAUUGAACUCA